AUGGCUCCAGAGUUGCAGUAUCGUGAAGUAAAUGAGAAAUUAUUCUAUAAUACAAAUUUUCCAUAUAAAGAAAUAAGUGUUAUUCUUAACACAGGACCAUCUAUUUUUAGGAAUAUUGUUAUUUAUGGAAUUGGUGAUAAAAGUGAAAUUUUAGAAAAUUUAAGAGACAAUUAUCUAUCUAAAAUAAAAACCAUUUUUUUUGAGGCAAAUUCAAUACGUUUCCGUACAAGAAUGUUUCUUGAUGCAAUAAAUGAAGAAUGUAAACUAAAUAUUAUUUUUUCAAAAAAUGACUUUCUUCAAUAUGCUAACAUGAUAAAAGACGAAAUAGAUAAAAGACCAAAAACGUUUAGUUUAGCACUUUUGAUAAAUAAUUGUGACAAUGAUGAAUUAAUAUAUGAUACAGCUUUUCAUGACUGUUUGAAAAUAAUAUGUAGUAAAAAAAAGGUUUUUUUUAUUGCCACCUGUACUUAUCCAUUAUUCCCUCCUCCUGGUUCCAGUGCACGUGAAGACUUGAGAUGUUAUUUUUUAAAAUUUUCGACAUUUAAUUUAUCUGUAAAUUAUAACAACAAAGAUGAUGCCAUGGAUUUGGAUGACGAUGAUGAAGUAACUCACAAAGUUGAAUCUAUAAAAGUUGUUUAUGACAGUCUUACGUCUAAUACUAAAAAGUUAUUUGUUUUAAUGAUGCAACAAUUCAUCAAAAAUAACUUUAAAAGUAUCUUUUCUGAUGAUGUAUUUUUGUCUGCAAAAGACAGAUUUUGGGUAAAUAGUGUUUCACAAAUGCAAGAAAUGAUAACUGAAUUUCUUGACCACAAAUUUAUUGAAAAAUGUCAUGAUCUUUCGGGGAAGAUAAAAUAUAGUUUACGAAUCAAAAGAACAGUAUUGAAUGAUUUUAUGGAAUCAGAAGGAAUUGAAUUAGAAGAUGAAGAUGAUGAUGAAUGA